UUGCAUAUGUUAUGGGAAGGAAAAAAGAUGGCGACAGGAUUACGAUCUUGGCUGUUAGCGUUAUGUGUAACGUUACUCCACGUGAAGAGAACGAGUUCCAAAAUUGUAGAUGGAACUAUAGAUAUAAGAGAAGAUUGGACUUUUUUGACGAGAUUUUGCUACAAAGAUUCUGUAGGAGAACUCAAAUAUCACUUUGAAUAUCCAGAGUCUUAUGCUACACAGAAUAUUUUUCUUUAUUUCGAUACUCAGUGGCCAAAUGUGUACCCUAAACCUGAGAUGACUUGUUUAGAUAAAGAAGACAAGGUUUACAGAGGGAAUAACCAAGUUGUAAACCUCACAACCAGCUAUGUGUGGUCUGGAUGUGAAAAGAAACAACUGCUUAACAAAACUUAUUUAGAGUGCAUCGGAGACCGGCGUUUUGUAUCAUCUCGUGAGAGAUGGUGGUAUAUAGCUGUAAGCAACUGCAAGUCUACUAAGGGACUACUCCUGAAGUACAGAUUAGAAAUGACAAAUGGAGAUACAUUUUGGAGAAAGCAUUUCUCUGCAGAUGAACGAUACAUUCUUCCCAUGGACAUAGCAUUUUUUAUUAUAUUUAGUAUACUGUGGCUUCUUGGCAUCCAUAUAGCAAGUCAACUAACGUCUCGAAGAUUAUUUCACUUCUCAUACAAACUAUAUUUGUGUUCCAUGACAUUUGAAGUUCUUAGCUUGAUGUUCUACCUGAUAUAUUAUAUCGAGUUUGGAAAAAAAGGAAUUGAAAAGUAUGGAAUUUCAGUUGUAGGGCGUGCCUGUCACUACAUUUCUCAUGUUGUAUUCCUAAUAAUGCUUAUUUUGAUGGCUAAGGGAUGGACAGUGACAAGAGGACGUAUCAGUUCUUCUGGUCAGAUCAAGCUCAGUAUCUUUGGUACAGUGUACACAGUGUGUUUUGCCGUCCUUUUCUUCUAUGAAGCUGCUGUGUUUGAUCCUGGUGAGGUCCUCUAUAUCUAUGAGAGCCCUGCUGGUAUUGGAAUUUGUGUUCUGAGAGUCAUAGCUUGGUUGUGGUUCUGUUACGGAACCUUCUUUACACUGAAGCACUAUCCAAACAAAAGCAAUUUUUACUACCCAUUCUGGCUAAUCUACACAGCGUGGUUCCUUGCGGGGCCAAUCAUGGUUGUUAUUUCAGCGUAUAGAAUACCAAAGUGGGAGAGAGCUCAAAUCGUCAAUGGAAUUGAUUGGUGCAUCUCUAUUCUGGCACAUGCAGUUUUCUUGGUCAUUACCAGACCUUCUGCAGCAAAUUCAAAUUUCCCAUUUCACAUGAGAACCAACCAGAUUGGCAUUCAAGAGGCUGCUCCCUCUGGACCAACAGACAAUGGAGUUGCAUACUACACUCCUCCUCUCCCUAGUGCACCCCCUCCUUACUCUCCUCAACAACCUGGUCACUUCACAGACAUCACAUCAAUGUUUAUGGUUAGUGGAGGGACCAAUGGCAAGCUGCUAUAUCCUCCAGCAAAUUCUCCAAAUGGUUUACAGAAUCCAUAUCCACCCAUGAAUGGAACACAGAAUGGUGGAAUGAAUGGUAUACCAAUGAUGACGAUAAGCCCCAGCUGAUCAGUAUCUUUGCUGAUGACUGUAAAUUAGUCUUGUAUAAGACUGUUUUGCUAUGACGCAGUGAUAUUAAUUUAUACCUAUUGCAUAAACACCAAUGAAAUACCAAGUGAGCUUUCACACAGAAAUGUGAUAUUUUCACAAGUGAGAAUAGCAUUGUAUAUCUUUGCAAGUGAAAAUAACACCAUUAUGAUGGUUACAUAAUAAAUUGCACCUUUUGCAGCAAAAGUGAAACUGUUUGGUUUUUCAGUGGUGUUUAAUUAUAUAAUAAAUAGCAUGUUACAUGGCCACUUGUGAAAUAUUUUUCAACACUUUAAGAUAAAUUUCAGACAUCCACGCGGCCAUGUAAUAUUAUCCUCUAUUUAGUACUUUAGAUACAUACCUAGUCAUUCACUACAUGCACCAAUUUAAAAAUUAUUUUUUUGAUAUUUGUUGUAGAUCUUUGAUAUUGUUUCUCGUUUUGUGCUUUUCAUGUGCACCAUAAAUAACAUUUGCUCAGUUACUCUUUUAGACAUUUAAUGUGGAAGCUCUUAAAGCAGAUACUCCAGUAACUUGGUGGCUACACCUAACUCUCUUCAUGUAGAACCACUUUUAAAACACUCUGAACCCCCAUAACAACUGUUUACUUGCACACCAGCUCUCUUGAAAAGAACCUUCCCAUAAACAGAAGUGGGUACUCACAGAUGUUAUAAUUUUAAUUAUAAUAGUUUAAUUUCCAUUGAUUUGAAACUCCUCAGUCUAAGCACUAAUCAAAAAACAAGUUUCAUUACCCAUAAGCCCCUGAAUUUUAUUUUAAUCAAAUUGAAUCUGAAUUUCCUUGUCACAAUUAUUUUGCAAUCAAGUAAUUUACAACAUAAUAUUUCAGUGUUCUCCUCGUAAUCAUCAACACUCAUUUACUUUUAUUUCAAAAUGCUAAUCAGUUUGGCCACUUCAAGGCCAUCUAUAAUCAGGUAGCCUCCUUCAGGUAGGGAUGUUGUUUUGGUUCAGGGUGGAGAGGGCCUGCAGAUAUGAGAGCUUCCACUGUAAUGUAACUUUUGGUUUAAAACCAAAACAAAGUCUUGUUUAAAGUUGUCUUCAUUUUGUGAUAGCUAAAUUUAAAGCAAAGAGUAAAACUGUUCAGACUUACUUUGUUGAAACUUAGUUAUAAGUAAAUUUAAAACAUGUGAAAUGGUACUCAAGUCUGAUUUCACUUGAGGGUUAGCCUGCAAAGCAAUUGUAAUUUUGAGGAGGGAAUGCUCAGUUUUUUCUCGAUAAAGAUAAUAAUAGCUACCAUUUUUGAGUUUGAUGGUAGCAAAAGACUGGCCCAAGAAAAAAAUUGUGCUAUGGGGGUGAGUGAUAGUCCAAAGGCAGGAGAGGGAAAUGGGUGCGUCAAAUAGCUGCAGGAGUGUCCUGGGUGGACUGUUGGCCAUAAGUUUUAAGGUGAGAGCUCUUGAAUUUGUGCUUAUAGAAAUGAUUAACAAUUGUUCACCAAAUGGAGGUGAUUUAUACAGUGGCAAGGUAAAUAUCCACCACUUUCACCAACCCCAAGGUGUCAAUAACUGUUUUAGUGCAUCCUGCACAGGAGCAAAAUCAUUGGACAAUAUUGCAUCGAUAUGCAAUGAAAUUUCAAAAUUUCUUGCCGUGUUUAAAAAUAUGUAAAGGGCAUUACAAAAUGCUGUAAUAAUUGUUCCUCAUUAUUUAUUUUGAAUUGCUUUGAAAGUUAACAUAAUUUAAUUAGCAAACAUCAAGAGAAUUCACUCAGCAUUUAAUAGUUUAACCUGGUGGAAGCAUAAUUUUUGCUAAAAUAAAGUCUAAACUUAUGAACAAUUUGCACAUUUUGUGUACAUAUUAAAGUAACUAUAGUUUGGCUUUUAUAAUAAACAUAGCUUUUUAUU